CUUAUCACAGUUUUAAGUGCUGACGAAAGAUCAAAGAGGGUUGUCUUCGCUCGUCCUUGUGUCUCCAAUCAACUUCUCGUUGUGAGCAUAAAUUGGAGAUUUAUAAAUCCGCCUUUAAGGCGAAAAGGGUAGAUUGACUUUUAUAAUAAUCGAAGGGAUGUUACAUACCCCCCAAGUACUGCUGUGAACUAGAUUUGUUGUCGAUUUUAUUGGUUUUAAAGUCAUGGAUUCACAAAUCCACCGCAUCAGCGCCGUAGAACAUCGGCCACCUUCGUUGUCUGUAUCUUCAGCGCAAGGAGAAACAGAGAGAAGGCGAAGAUCGUCAACUAACGCGUCCCAAAAUUCUGGUGUCAAUACCUUUUCUCCUGACAGGAGCGACCGAAGAAAACCAUCCAGUACAGCGACGCCAUUCUUGUAUUCCUCCAGCGGUCGCAAAGUAUCUAGCAGUGUUUCUCCAAGGCUCGAGCCUAUAGACACUGCAGCCUCGAAACACAAGCAAAGUGAAGUCUUACCGACCUAUCGAAUGGCACCGCAGGCCGACAGAAAAUUCCGACCUCAAGUUGUCAAGAAAAUUAUGGAUGAAGCUUUUGAAGAGAGCCUUGACGGACUGAACGGGUAUGAUUCAGUGAAAUGUCGGGCGCUCACUACGCAAGUCUGCGAAGAUAUCAAACAAAGAGUUAAAUGGCUUAAUUUUGAACGCUGUAAGCUAAUUUGUCUGGUUCAUAUUGGCUCGGUGAACGGUCAGGGUAUGAGAGUAGCAAGCCAGUGUCUGUGGGAUCACACGGUGGAUAAUUUCGCUUCGACAACAUAUUGUAAGGGCGACAUUUUUGCGGUUGCGUUGCUCUUUGGAGUUUACAAGGAGUAGUUAAGCGACCGCUGUUCUUUUCGUAUAGGUUAUUGUUCGUUUAUAAACUGUUGUUGCUAAGAUUAGGGGCUUUAACUGUGAAAAGCGUUAAUAUACAGCUUAAUAUAUACAGUACAGUCAUAAAGAAAGGUUAGGAAGCGCUAGCUGAUAUCAUUCGGCAGCCUACUGAGUAACUAAAUAACACCUUCAGUGAUAAUUUCCGAUAUCUUUGAAAACCGCAUCAAAAUUCUUAUGCUAGAAUAAUUUCAAUUCUUAUUUAACCUUUAUCGUUACUGCAAUGAGCCCUUGUGCAAAUUGGAUUUGCAAUGAAAUGAUUUCUUUUCCAAUCUGAUUUUUCCGAAUUGCGUUUCAACAUUCCAUUGUUACACUCCUCACGUAUUGACGGAUUACAACCAAGCUACUUAGUGUAGAAUAACAUAUUCAGCCCGUGCUAUGGUUAGAACAAUGGGUGCAAAGCACAUUUCAAAUCACUGUAAGAAGAUAAAUGAUAAAUAUACGAUAUAUAGAUAAAUAAACAUUUGCGCAUUUCAUAAAGAAUCAAAUUCUCCGAUACACCAAUUACAGGUUGAGAUUCAAACACAAGAAAAGGCACCACUGGAUGCAAAGAGGCGGAACCUUUUUUAGAUUAACCUCUGGUAGCGCCGAUAAUCCUGACUAUUUUCUUAAUCGCGUUCAAGUUCUAUGUAAAGAUUCAUUUUUCCUUUUAUAAGUUACCUUCUUAAACAACGAUUUCUCUGCAGACGGG